AGGGGAUGUGGAGGGGAAAAUAAUGUUUUGUAUCGUGCGCUAAGUAGUUUGUUUAUAAACAAAAGUAUUUGCUAACGAAAAUGCGUAUAUUUGCACUAUAAAUUAUACUAAAUUGUCUUGUAAUUUUGUAAAGUGACGAAAACCAAAACAAUGUUUUCGUUAGUCGCUGACUAUGGAGAUAGUGAAGAAGAAAGUUCAACUUCAGAAUCCACAAAUGCUGAAGAUUCUAACAAUGUUGAACCAGAGAUUUUAAAUAACCAACUUAGUCCGCUUCCGAGCGCUACCGCUAUGCUAUGUAACAAUACGAAGAUUAUUCCGGGCGGUGUUUUCUGUAACCCUUUCAAAGCGGCGGAAGACGCACAUAUCGCUAACCUUGAGAAACAUGUCAAAAUGGUCGAUCCAGAGCAAGAAAGUGGAGAUCAGAAAAGAAAAAUUUGUUGGAACUACAAAAAAGGACGAUGUCGAUUCGGCAGUAAAUGUAACUUUGCGCAUGGCUCAGAUCUUAUAAUGAAACAGGAUCGUCCCGGCAGUCAUCCAGAAACGGACGGAGAUGAUUUGCCGUCAGGGGAAAGGCCAUCUGUUGCACUGGAACAGAUUCAAACAAGUCGCAAGCAAACGAACAAGAAGAAACGUCCCGGUCUCAGCAAGGACUUGGUUCCUCCGAAAAAAGUUUUAAGAAUGUAUCAAAGGGAAAAGUAUAGCGGAAAACACUAGAGUUGCUGAUAUUGCACUAACCCAUAGGAAUAAUCGGUCAUGCUUGUAGAAAUUGAUUGUAUGAAUAACUUCUUCCUUUAUGGCAUUACAUUCCUUAGUGGAAUUUCGAUUUCUCGUGUAGUAUUGCUAGUUUUCUCUUUCUUCAUUCUAAUACGAUGAGGGGAUAGUACAAAACAUGCUCCAGUGCAAAUCCAGGAAUAUAUCAACGAAGAAUAUAUUUGUCUAAACAAAACAUGAGUUUAGAAGUUCGCACCCUAUGUCAGAGGCUGAAAUCCCGUGGAUUUGCGAUUUUUAUGGGUGGCUGUUGUGUGUUUGUGGUCGAAAUGUAUUGUAAAUCGACAAAUGAAUUAUGGAAUUAAAAAAAACUGUUUUCUAUUGAUGUACACAUUUAUCAGAAUUGUCAUAUAAUAUAAGGAAUAAGAAUGCUAUAACCAAUUUAUUUGAUAACAUAUCUCAAUGU